AUGACAGUCAUGUCCCUUUCCAGGGACCUCAAGGACAACUUACACAGCGACACAGUGCUCUCCAUCUUAAAUGAGCAGCGCAUUCGGGGCAUUUUGUGUGAUGUCACUAUCAUUGUGGAAGACACCAAGUUUAAAGCCCACAGCAAUGUCCUGGCUGCUUCAAGCCUUUAUUUCAAAAACAUCUUUUGGAGCCAUACCAUCUGUAUUUCCAGCCACGUCCUGGAGCUGGAUGAUCUCAAAGCUGAAGUGUUUACAGAAAUUCUCAAUUAUAUCUACAGCUCCACAGUCGUCGUCAAGAGACAGGAAACUGUCACUGAUCUCGCAGCUGCUGGGAAAAAGCUGGGAAUAUCCUUCUUGGAAGAUCUUACUGAUCGCAACUUCUCCAGUUCCCCGGGUCCCUAUGUAUUCUGCAUUACCGAAAAGGGAGUGGUCAAGGAAGAAAAAAAUGAAAAAAGGCAUGAAGAACCAGCCAUCACUAACGGGCCAAGGAUCACAAAUGCAUUUUCCAUCAUUGAAACAGAAAACAGUAAUAACAUGUUCUCUCCACUGGACUUGAGAGCAAGUUUCAAAAAGGUCUCCGACUCCAUGAGAAACACCAGCCUCUGCCUGGAGAGGACUGACGUCUGCCACGAGGUGGAGCCUGUGCGCACCCUCGCCGAGCACUCCUAUGCCGUGUCUGCCGUGUCUGCCGUGUCUUCCGUGGCUGAGGCUUACAGAAGUCAGCCUGCCCGGGAACAGGACAGCAGUUCACCUGCAAAAACAGGGAAGGAGAACUCCGAAGCUGUUGCAGCAAAACCGAAAACAUGCCGAAAGCCAAAGACACCCUCCGUACCCCAGGAAUCAGAUUCCACUCCAGAAAAUAUACCAGCCCCUCCAGAAAGCAACUUGGAGGUGCCUCAAGAAGAAACUCCACAGCCAGCUGCAGUUCUUUCCCUUGCAAAAUCUCCCAGCCACAAUGAAGGAGAGGUCCAAUUUCCCAGGGCGGAGGAAAAUAAAUCCUCUGAUGUCCCUGGGCCACCAGCCGCUGAGGUGCCGCCUCUCGUUUACAACUGCAGCUGUUGUUCCAAAUCUUUUGAGAGCAGCACUUUGCUCAGCGCCCACAUGCAGCUUCACAAGCCGACCCAGGAGCCCUUGGUGUGCAAGCACUGCAACAAGCAGUUCAGCACCCUCAACAGGCUGGAUCGGCACGAGCAGAUCUGCAUGAGGUCAAGCCACAUGCCCGUUCCUGGAGGGAAUCAGCGCUUCUUAGAAAACUAUCCCACCAUUGGACAGAAUGGAAGUUCAUUCACAGCUCCAGAACCUUUAUUAGCUGAGAAUAGGAUUGGUGACUUUUCCAGUCCCGGGAGCACGCUGCCAGAAACAGAACACAUGGUUAAAUUUGUUAAUGGGCAAAUGCUCUAUAGCUGCGUUGUGUGCAAACGCAGUUAUGUGACUUUAUCCAGCCUCCGAAGACAUGCAAAUGUUCACUCCUGGAGGAGAACAUAUCCUUGCCAUUACUGCAACAAAGUGUUUGCUUUGGCUGAGUACAGGACAAGACAUGAGAUUUGGCACACAGGGGAAAGGCGGUAUCAGUGCAUUUUCUGUCUGGAGACGUUCAUGACCUACUAUAUACUCAAAAACCACCAGAAGUCUUUCCAUGCCAUCGAUCAUAGACUUUCCAUCAGUAAAAAAACAGCAAAUGGAGGCUUGAAGCCUAGUGUCUAUCCAUAUAAACUUUACAGGCUCCUGCCCAUGAAAUGCAAGAGGGCUCCUUACAAGAGCUACCGACAUUCUUCCUAUGAAAAUGCUCGAGAAAACAGUCAGCUGAAUGAGCCUGCACCUGGUCCCUAUGUUAUUCAGAAUCCACACAGCUCUGAAUUACCUACUCUGAAUUUCCAGGACAGUGUAAACACCUUGACCAACAGUCCAGCCAUCCCAUUGGAAACACCAGCACGUCAGGACGUGCCCACUUCGGCCAGUAUACAAAACGCAGAGGGUACCAAAUGGGGCAAGAGGGGAGAGUUGAAAGUGGAUCUGGACAAUAACUUUUAUUCCACAGAGGUGUCUGUUUCUUCCACUGAAAACGCUGUCAGUUCGGACCCCCGGGCAGGGGAUGUGCCUGUUUUGGCCGUGAGUAAUGGCAGUGAGAACUCCACUUCUGUGAUCAGCUACAGUGGCUCAGCCCCCUCGGUCAUCGUGCACAGCAGUCAGUUUUCAUCGGUGAUAAUGCACAGCAAUGCCGUUGCUGCCAUGACCAGCCGCAACCCCAGAGGAGCCCCUUCAGAUCAGACUGUCAGUCAGACCCCAAAAGAGGAUGGCAAGCCCACUGAGCCAGACAAAGUUGGGAGGGCCGUCAGCAGACCCAAGAGCAUGAAGGAGAAAAAGAAAGCUGGCCCAUGUAACAGGGGAGAAAUACCAGAGGAGUCCAAAUUCACUGCUGAUCCUGGAGGCUCACUGGGCAAAACUACAAAUACCAUGAAAGAAAUGAGUAAAAUUGAAACCUACAUAGCAAAGCCCGCUCUCCCAGGAACCUCCACAAACAGCAACGUCGCGCCCCUUUGUCAAAUAACGGUGAAAAUCGGGAAUGAAGCCAUUGUGAAGAGGCACAUCCUCGGCUCUAAACUGUUCUAUAAGAGAGGGCGGAGACCCAAAUACCAAACGCAGGAGGAGACGCUGCCCCAGGAGAGCGACCAGGAAGCCAACGGAGACAACCCUCUCGGGCUCUGCCAAUCCGAGUGCAUGGAGAUGAACGAGAUGUUUGACGAUGCCAGUGACCAGGAUUCCACAGACAAACCGUGGCGCCCGUACUACAACUACAAACCCAAGAAGAAAUCCAGACAGUUGAGAAAAAUGAGGAAGGCCAACUGGAGGAAGGAGCACGAAAACAGGAGCCCGAGCAGUAAGUGUAGAUACCCGGCCGACCUGGACUGUGCGGUGGGCAAGGCUCCGCAGGAGAAGGCCUUCGAGGAGGAGGAAAACAAGGAGAUGCCUAAGCUGCAGUGUGAACUCUGCGACGACGGAGACAAAGCCUCGGGGGCCGGGAGCCAAGGGAGGCCCCACCGGCAUCUCACGGCCCGGCCUUAUGCAUGCGAGCUCUGCGCCAAGCAGUUCCAGAGCCCCUCCACCCUCAAAAUGCACAUGCGGUGCCACACGGGAGAGAAGCCAUACCAGUGCAAGACCUGUGGCCGGUGCUUCUCCGUGCAUGGCAACCUCCAAAAGCAUGAGCGCAUCCACCUGGGCGUGAAGGAGUUCGUCUGUCAGUACUGCAACAAGGCCUUCACAUUGAACGAGACCCUCAAAAUCCACGAAAGGAUCCACACGGGAGAAAAACGAUACCACUGUCAGUUCUGCUUUCAGAGUUUUUUGUAUCUGUCCACGAAAAGGAAUCAUGAGCAGAGGCAUAUCAGGGAGCAUAAUGGGAAGGGCUAUGCCUGCUUCCAGUGCCCCAAAAUUUGCAAAACAGCUGCUGCCCUGGGAAUGCACCAGAAGAAACACUUGUUCAAAAGCCCCAGUCAGCAGGAGAAAGCAGAAGGUGAUACAGGCCACGAAAACUCCAAUCCCCUGGAGAAUCCACAUUUCAUUGAUUCAGAAGGCACUAACCAAAAGGAUAAUGUACAAACCGUUGUUGAUAAUGUCCUUUGA